GUUCCUGUUCAGUCAGGAAGUGGAUUUGUUUUAUCUGCGUUUGAGGGUUUUUACUUCGUCAUAUGCAGGAUUAUUAUCAUUACCUGUUUUUGAGAACCUUUGUGUGUUUAUUUUGUGAAAUAUAAAUCAGUAAAAUGGCAGAAGCGAAUAUUUUAGGACUUCAGGAUCAGUUCAGCUGUCCGAUCUGUCUGGAUCAGGUCAAGGACCCAGUAACUCUUUUGUGUGGACACAGUUUCUGUAUGGUGUGUAUUAAUGGCUGCUGGGAUCAGGAGGAUCAGCAGGGAGUCUAUAGCUGUCCUCAGUGUAGACAAACCUUCACUUCAAGACCUGUUGUAAGUAAAAACACCAUGCUGGCUGAAGUAGUGGAGACACUGAAGAAGACAGGACUCCAAGCUACACGUCCUGCUCAUUGUCCAUCUGGACCUGAAGAUGUUGAGUGUGAUUCCUGCACUGAGAGUAAAUCCAAAGCCAACAAGUCCUGCCUGGUUUGUCUGGCUUCUUUCUGUGAAACUCAUCUCCAGCCUCACUAUAAAUCUCCUGCCUUUAAGAAGCACAAGCUGGUCGAAGCCUCCAGACGACUCCAGGAUCAGAUCUGCUCUCAGCAUGACAAACUGCUGGAGGUUUACUGUCGCACUGACCAGCAGUGUAUCUGCAUGUUGUGUACUAUGGAUGAACAUAAAGGACAUGAUACAGUAUCAGCUGCAGCUGGACAAGCUGAGAAACAGAAGCAGUUGCUGGAGAAACAGGAAAUAUCCAAGCAGAGAAUCCAGGAUAGAGAGAAGGAGCUUCAGAAGCUGAGAGAGGCUGUCGAGACUCACAAGCAUUCUGCACAAACAGCAUUUCAGGAAACUGAGAGGAUCUUUACUGAUCUUAUAAAAGCAAUUGAACAAAGAUGUUCAGAGGUGAAAGCACUGAUCAGAGCUCAGGAGAAAACUGAAGUGAGUCAAGCUGAAAAGGUAAUGAAGCAACUGGAGCAAGAGAUUGCAGAGCUGAAGAAAAGAGACUCUGAGAUUGUGGAGCUUUCACACACACAAGAUCCUGUGUGUUUCCUCCAGAGUUUUCAGUCCGUAAGGGCUUAUCCUAGAUCUGGACUUUUACCCAUCAUCAGUUCUCAUCUUACUUUUGAGGAUGUAGUAAAGUCUGUGUCUCAUCUGAGAGAUAAAGUAGAAGAAUGGAGUACAGGGGAGUUUGGCAAAAUAUUAAAUGAAGUCAGAUGUGUCUGUAUGUUUCCUGAACCCCAAAGCAGAGAAGAGUUUCUAAAAUAUUCCUGUCAGUUGAGAAUGGAUCCUAACACGGCUAAUAAACAUCUCAUUCUGUCUGAGGAGAACACGGUGGUCACCAGCAUGACAACAGAUCAGUCAUAUCCUGCUCAUGCUGAGAGGUUUGACUCUCAUCUCCAGGUGUUGUGUAGUGAGAGUGUACGUGAACGCUGUUACUGGGAGGUGGAGUGGAGCGGGGAUAAUGGGAUUUCUAUAGCAGUGGCAUAUAAAAAUAUAGGCAGGAAGGGAAACAGUAAUGAGUGUGUGUUUGGGUUAAAUGAGAACUCCUGGAGAUUGUUUUGUUCUCCAUCUAAAUUCAUAUUCUUUCACAAUAACAAAAACACUGAAAUCCCCAUAGAGCACAAAUACUUUAGAAUAGGAGUGUAUGUGGAUCACAAGGCAGGAUUUCUGUCCUUCUACAGUGUCUCUGACACAAUGAAGCUAAUCUACAGAGUUCACACUACAUUCACUCAGCCUCUUUACCCCGGGUUUAUGGUUUGGAUGGGAUCAAAAAUGAAACUAUGUCAUUUAAAAUCAGAUUUUUAAUGCCAGGGUUUUUAUUAUUAUUAUUAUUAUUAUUAUUAUUAUUAUUAUUAUUAUUAUUAUUAUUAUUAUUAUUAUUAUUAUUAUUAUUAUUUUAUUUUUUUUAAAUGAGUAGUGUGUUGCAAGAGCAAAAAUAAUUGAACAUGUAGAAAUGAGUCUUUAAAAAUUAAACAAAACUGUUUUUAAAAACAUGAAUAAGUCUCACAUUGCAUUACAUGCAGUUAAUAAUAAUAUGUUCCUGUCUGUAAACCUAAAUAUACAAAUCACAUUGUUAGGUUUAUUAUUUUAGGUAGGAUAGAGAGAGAGGCAUUGAAGGAUGCCAGCUGAUGAUCAGACAUGUAAAGUGGGGUAGCAGUCAUGUAGAUAGCUAAGGAAGGAUGGGUGAAAACCAGGUCCAGGACAUUUCCUUCCUUGCGUGUGGAGAGAAAUCAAAGAAAUUAUAUUAUAUUACCAUUAGCUGAUUUAGUUAUCAUGCUAGUUGCUGUUUUUACUGUUAAGUAAAAUACAGAUUAGGUAGCAUUAGCUAAUUUACAGAUUUGUGUUUUAUGAAUAUUUAAACUAUACAUGGGUAUAUGAAUGAAAGGUAAGGAGGAUGGACAGUUUGGACUGGGAUGUGAGGUGUCCCUGAUAAUGUUGCAUGUUCUACACAGACUGUGGUGAAAAUUUUCAGUGGCUGUUAAUAGGGCACCAGUGAUUUUGGGGCAGUUUUCACCACACGUUGUGGGCUUUUCUUUCAGACACCUAUGACAGUGGUACAGAAAACUUUCAGUAGUACUGUGAUUGAAUUAUUAAGAUCUCUGGAGACAUGAAUUUCCUCAGAGACCUGGACACCCAGUAACUUGGAGAUACUCUACUUCAAAUCAGAUGAUAUCCUGGGUAGAUGUUGUCUCUAUUAUGACUAUUAUGUAAAAUAAGCGUUCAUCUAGAGAAAAUAACGUGUCAUCUUUCAAAUAAAAUAACGUGUCGUCUUUUUGUGGAGCACAUAAUGCGACCAUUUAAAACAUUUCAAACAUUUUAGACCAAAAUAAUUUCUUCACAAAAUAUCUUGUUUCAACAACAGGAGUAAAAUUUAACUGCUAUAGUUCAUAGUGUUUUACCCUAGUGUGCUCAGAUUUAUGCCAGCUGAUUUAUGUCUCUGUCGCAGGGGGCUUGAGUAUCUUUUGUGUGUUUUUUUUUUUUUCCAGGCCACCCCCCGACAAUGUCCAGUUCUCGCUUUCAAUUUUACAAUCGGUACUUCUAUCAUACUUCUGGCUGGUGCGGUGUUUUGAAAUGUUGUGAGCUGUGUCAUGUUGAUUUGCAUCUAUGUUUAAUCCACUGCUUGUUAUAGAGCUUGUGUUGGCCUAGUCCUAUGUGUUAACCUGCUUUGUUGUGUAUACUUCCCUGUAAAUAUUGUAAAUACAAGCUUUUUUGUGGUUUGUAAAAAGUCAGUGUCAGUUUUUGUUAAUUCUGUAUGUUAUUGUUAACUGAGUUGUAUUAUGUUGAGUUAGAGGGAUAUUUAUAUAUUAUUUUGACCUUGCCGACUUCUGAAGCCACCUAAAAGCAGAAUAAAACCAAUUAAGCAAUA